GUUGGCAUUUUGAUGGCCAAAAGUGUUGGAUAGGCAGGGUCAGGAACACAUGGCCUAGGGUGAUCUAAAAACUGGUGCAGUUCUUUGCGAGAAAAUACACUGCCUGUUUGAUGAACCCGUGAUGGAAUUGAUGUGGGGCCUGAAGAACAUGAUGAAGAGUUUAGUUCCUGCUGAAACAUGUGAACUGACUACGGAGGACCGCCCGCCACAUGAGUAAAGGAAUGCAAUUGAUCCUGAAUAAGUAUGACUUCAAAGUGGAGCCAGAGAUGGUCGAUGAAAAUCUUAUCACUAUAGCAACUGCUUUGUACGAGUCUGACUACUGCAUGAAUAAGUUUGCUGAGUAUUUGCACCUUGGUGGUGAAUAUCUUAAGGAGGUAUCUGGUAUUGAUUGUCAGAAUUGGGAUCCACAAAAACUUGCUACUGCCCUUAAAUUACUAUGUUACCCUAAUGACAAGAUCGAAACUGGCACUUCUAAUGAGAUGUUGUCGGAAGAUACGGCACGUAUAUUGGUGGAGCAAGCACACAUGUAUGAAAGUAAGCUCCAUAAGGGGACAUACUUGAAUAUCUACAAGGAGAUCCAGUUUGCCCGUGCUGUUAGGACUGAGGCGCUGGUGUACUUGAAGGCCAAAGGUGCAUGUGCGGUAACUGUUGAGAAGUACCCGACUGGUGCCAAGGUGGCUAAGGCUGCUGCGAAGAAGUGA